CUAUGCUUAUACUAGGGAUUUUCUGAUUCCAAAGUGCAUGUUGCCUUACCUUACCAUGCAUAGCACUUGGAUGUUCGAUAACAUGAUCAACUGGUAAAAAUAAAAAUGAAUACCAAGAGGAAAAUCACACCGUUAUCGGAUAAAAGUAUAGGAUAUCGACGCAGUUCUUUACAGGUUAACUUGAGUUGUGUUUCUAACCUAACAGAUUCUGGUAACGAAUCGUUUAAUGACAGUGCUUCUGCAAACAAGGCUAAGUACAUCGGAGAUUUACGUAGCAAUUCUAACGAGAUGCGAUCUCGUGUACCUCUCAGAAAUCCAAGCGUGCUUCUAGAGAGAAUAAAUCGUGACGAUGCGAUGUUACAUAAAUCCUGCAAACAGUUAAGAACUGCCAUAUUAAUGAAGACUAAACAAAUGUUUCACGAACGAAGCGAAUUGUCCGUUAAGACGUCCAAUAUACUGAACGAUAGAGGAGUACAGGGUAGGUAUAGGAAAAGACGUUUGUUUGUUUCUACCAAGGAAUCGACUAAUAACCAUGUUCCAACCGAUGAAUAUCCAAAUAAUAAGAAUGUAUCAUCGAAUACAUUGAACAAGUUGGUUAUGUCCGGUGGAACGCGAACUUGUGCAACUGAUAAUUUUAAUAGAUUUAAGGAUGAAUCUAUUUCUAAUAGUUCCAUACACGAAGAUACAUUUACGGCAACACCGAUCGCUUGUUCCACGAUGAUAAACGAGAACAAUGACGUAUCAUGUGCAGAAGGGGAUGCACAGUUUCCCGUUCUAAACAGUUCAUCUUCGGUUUCGAAAAUGCAUACAAAACCGAGUAUAACAUCCAUGGAAGUAACGAACGUUUGCGAGGGAUUCAUAUUGUGCGAUAAAACGACAUCGUCCCUGAAACGCGUAAAGAAAGGUACUUCGCUGGUUGAAGAGCGGAACGACGAGAAAUUCCAACGUCUGGUAUCCGACAAUGAAACUGAGAGCACGAAUACGGAAAAAACUUCGUUGAAUGUAAACACUUCUGUAGACUCCGUUAGUAAACCCAAGGAUAACGAACAUAACGAAAGGGACAGUACCAAUACCGUGCGUACUUCUUUGCGAAUGAAUACGUCAUUGAAUAUUUCGCGAACGAUGCAAGAAAAUAUUCAUGGAAAUAAAUCAUCGAUAGACUCAAAAAAUGGUACGAGCAACGUUACAGGGUCCGACAACUAUUUUCACCAUGAAAAUAUCGAAGAGAAGAGAAAACUCGGUACCAACGAACAAAGUCGUAUUGAAGCUACUCCCUAUCCUAUGUAUCGUUCCGUUAUGUUGAGAUCGCAAUUGAAACAAAAUGCUCGAUCGCGUUCCUCUAGAUAUCAAGACGAAUCAACAAAGGAUUCGAAUGUUGAAAAUGUCAAAAAACCAUGCAAGAAGAGACUGAUGCCUCUCAACGAACAUUCUCAAAUAUCGCUUUCUCCUGCAGAAAAACAUCAUUCGCCUCCUCGAUACUUACCGUUCAGAAGAAAACUUAUCCAUAGGAAGAGUAACGGUAAGAUUACUAAAAACGAACAAAAUGAAGGAAAAACUCGUAACAAGAAGAAAGGGAAAAAUGUUAAGAAAAUCGUUGUUAAGAAGAUCGUUGAUCAAGAAAUUUUAAACAAUUUGCAAGAAAAUACAGAAAAUCUUGAUAAGUCGCCAGUAGAUACGCAACGUUCGAAUAGAAAUUCGUUCAACGAUUUUCGCUCUUUCGAAGGUUCCUCCGCUACUAAACGGUAUAAAUCAAAGAAGAAAAGAACGCUUAGGAUAAGUAUCGUUACGACCGGUUUAUCUAACGACGACAAAAGCAUCGUCAGAAGCGUCGUUAAAGCUCUUGGUUGUGCCACAAUCGAAACGAACGUCACCAAACGUACCACGCAUGUCGUGACCACGGGUGUGCGUACCAUCAAUUUGUUGCAUGCGAUUAUACGUGGCUGUUGGAUCGUUGGCCUCGAAUGGGUUUUAAAGUCUUUAGAAAACGAUGCAUGGUUGAAUCCUCAACAGUACGAAAUGAAACACUUUUCGAACGCGGUGCUGGAAAAUCGCAAAGACAGACAACUAUUCGGAUCCUCUUAUGUUCCGGAAUUAUUCGCAGCUUGCGGAUAUAUACAUAUAGAAAACAAUACGACGCCUCCUUGCGAUGUAUUGAAAGAUCUCGUCAAAACUGCGGGUGGAUGUAUCACUGAAAAUCCACAAAUAGCAAAAGUCGUAAUCGGUAGAGAAGGUUUGAAAGAGACUUGGGUCUUUGAUUGUAUAACGUCAGGUGAAUUACAACCGUAUGAUCACUAUGUACGUAGUUAAGUUUUAAACUUAUCCAACGACAAAUAUUUUACACCGUAAAAUCAUGUUUAAUGUAUAUUAGUUUUGUACAUAAAUUUUCUGUUAAAACUUGCGAUUACAUAAAAUUGUAAUUCACUGAGUGAAAAAAAAAAAGUAA